CUUGACUGUUUAUGAACUCCGUUCAUAUUUCCACACUCAUGGCUGAGAUCCCUAAUUCAACCCGACUGGAAAGAGUCCUCCGAUACCUCUUCAAGCACCAUCCACAACCAACACACACCGAUUGUCAAUGCACCCAUCACCACAAUCAAGACUGGAUAUUCGACGCGGACACAUGGUCCCAACUCGAAUCUCUUCGUCGACUACUAUGCCAGCGACCAACACUCCCCAGACUUCCAGCAGAUAUCUUAGAAGACAUCGAUGCAGUCAUUGCCUAUCGAAACAGCCACAACAUUCUCACAUCGACAAGCUCAAUUUCACCCAGUCUCACAAUCCAAGCCAAGACUCCAAGAUCUCAUUCGAUUCGCAUAUCCUGCUGGAAGGGCGAUAUCACCACCUUGACCGACAUCACGGCAAUCGUCAAUGCAGCAAACUCCCAACUGGAAGGAUGUUUUCGUCCUGAGCACCGCUGCAUCGACAGUGUGAUUCAUUCUGCGGCUGGUCCAAGACUCCGCGAUGCAUGUCACGAUAUCGUCGAGUCACAGGGUUACGUAGAGCCCGUUGGCUCUGCGAAGGUCACGCCAGGGUUCCUUUUGCCGGCGGAAUAUAUUGUACACACCGUCGGCCCGCAGCUACACCAAAAAGUCAAACCGCAGGCCCAUCAACAGGCCCAGCUCGCCUCAUGCUAUCAGGCCUGUCUCGAUGCAGCAGAGAACCUAUCCCCACUCAAGGAUGGCCGUAAAGUCAUUGCCUUUUGCUGUAUAUCGACCGGUCUCUUCGCGUUUCCAUCAGAUAUGGCGGCGAGAAUCGCCGUGGAUACCGUGUUAACCUGGUGUGCAACGCAUCCGGAUACUAGUAUCACGGAUAUCAUAUUUGAUACCUUUCUCGAAAAGGAUUGGAACUUGUAUCGGGAUAUUCUAUCAACCGUCCACACCAACUUGUCCCAUGUUGAUAUGGACAUUAACAUUAAAAUCAACACCGUGAAUACAGAUACGGCCACUCACACGUCGCUGCAUCAGCCACCCACACUCCGCUCACAAGUGGCCACCCUCUCACCAUCUCUCUUUAAAGCCCGCACCUGGCUCAAGCAAGCAGACACCCUCAUCAUCUCCGCCGGCGCAGGCCUCUCCGCCGCAGCAGGAUUAGACUAUACAUCCCCCACCCUCUUCGCAAAACACUUCCCGGCUUUCCUUCCCAAAGGUCUCCGCAAAUUGUACGACGUCUUCGGGUAUACCGGCUGGGACAGCCCCGCCGAGAAAUGGGGUUACUACUUCACGCACCUGGAUAUGGUGCGGCGGUGGCCUGAGGAACAGUCAGAUGUCUACAGGACACUCCGUGAGUUGACAUCGCGUUUUGGAGAGCGAUGGUUUGUCCGGACGAGUAAUGCGGACGGAUUAUUUGUGAAAAAUGGGUUUGAUGCUGGGAGGGUUGCGACUCCGCAGGGCGGGUAUAGGUUUUUACAGUGUUUGAGAAAGUGUAGGCACGGUGCUGUGCUUGAGACUAAGCCGUUGCUUGAGAGGGCGAUGCCGGCGGUUGAUCCGGUUACCCAGCUACUGAUGGAUGAGAGGAUGGUGCCGAAGUGUGAGUUUUGUGGGGGAGAGAUGACGCUUUGUGUAAGAGGCGGGAGUUAUUUUGAUGCAGCGCCUUUUCGGGGCAUGGAGAGGAAGUGGGAGCGGUUUUUGAGAGAGUUGGAGAGUGAGGAAGUUCGGAUGGUCGAGUCUGGUUCGGUGGUCAUUUUGGAGUUGGGUGUUGGGUUGAAUACCCCUGCUGUGCUGAGAUGGCCGAACGAGGAUCUGGUCUCGGAGUCGGAGAGUCAACGAUUUCGGCUUAUUCGUGUGGGUAUGGAUGCUGCUGGUUGUGUGCCAUGGGAAUUGGAGGAGCAAAAACUCGCAGUAGGGAUUUCGGGGGAUAUCAAGGCAGCUCUAGAUGCGUUGAUAUUGUAA